GGUAACUUCUCAAUUGAUUGUAAGCUUAUCUAAACUUUUCAUCAUACUUGUACCAAUAUCCUAUACACAAAAUAAUGUGCAGACAAACAUUAUGAUCAUUACAAUACUUUUAAUUGCCAUAUCAUGGAUUUGGUCAAGAAAAUUACAAAAGAAGACAUUUUCAGUAAGUGAAUCCUCAAAAAAUAGGGCAAUAGGAAAAACUAGCAAAGCUAAAGGAAGGUGGAAAGCAAGUUUUCUGGCAGCAUUCAUUCGUUUGGUAACUUGUUUCGUAGUAAGCAGCAUCAUUUUUAGGUACACUUACACUUCAAAAGAUGGAGAAACGGUUGAUCAAUUUAGCCAUAAACUCUAUUGGAAUAGAACUUACGUUGCUAUAUUUUCCACACAUGCCAUUACAAGUUUUCUGGCUUACAUCCUGUCAUAUUUAUCCUGUUACAUGACACUGCACGUAUCUGGGCUAGCCCUGCCAGUUCUAUUUGCUACUCCACUAUCCCUUGGAGUUUAUAUAGCUUUGAUGUAUUACGAUGCAUUCCCCUUUUACUAUCAAAAUUUAGUUAUUUCAGAGUUAAAGGACGCACCAAAAUUUUGGUACACAAUUCUAUCAAGUGGCUUACUGCUGUGGUUCUGUCAGCUGAUAUCUAAUAUUCAACUUUUCGUACAUAAAAAUGCCAUUCUUGCACCAGAAAAAGAUGUUUUUGUCCGCCCAUAUUACAACAGUAUCUUGCUUGAGCAGUCACUAGCUAUGAAUCGGGCUGACUCCCAGUCAGGAGCUAUUAAAAAAGCUGGUUCACAGUUGCAAAUAAAUCAAAAGCCAGAAGUUGCGUGUGAACCUGACUCACAGCCAGGAGCUAGAAAGCAACAAAUGUGUAAGGUGUAUGUCUGUUCCACAAUGUACAAAGAGAAUGAAAUAGAAAUGAAGCAAAUGUUAAUAUCUAUUAAACGAUUAUCAGACUUGUAUAAGAAAGAAGAAAAACCUGUUCAAAAAGAAAAUGAUGAAACCAGUUCCCCUAUUGCAGAAGGAGCAGCUAGGUAUGAAUCUCACAUUUUUUUUGAUGGAGGUUGUCGAGACAAUGAAUUGUAUCCAUUUGCUAUUCAGCUUUUGAGUCUCAUUCCAAAAACUUUCAAAGUUGACCUUAAUGAAGCAGAAAUAUGGAAAACUCCAUAUGGAUAUCGCUUUCAAUGGAAAAUAGGCACAAGUGAAGUGCCAUUUGUUGUUCAUUUCAAAGAUAAUGAGAUGGUUCGAAAUAAGAAAAGGUGGAGUCAAGUCAUGUACAUGAAGUAUAUUCUUGAGCAUAGAGAAAAGAAAAAAGAGCUUGACAAUGUCUUCAUUCUUACUACAGAUGGCGAUGUUGACUUCAAAGCAGAGUCUGCUGUUGUUCUUUUAGAUAUGUUAGCUCGCGAUCCUCAAGUUGGUGCUGUUUGUUCAUGAACUCAUCCUCUUGGCAAUGGUGCUAUCUACUGGUAUCAAGUAUUUGAUUAUGCAAUUGGUCACUGGCUUCAAAAAAGCACAGAGCAUAUCCUUGAAUCAGUGCUAUGUUGUCCUGGUUGUUUCAGUGUAUUUCGUUGCUCUGCUCUUCAGCAAUGUCUUAAGACAUUUUCUAGUGAGGUUGAGGAUGCCAUGGAGUUUCUCACAAAGGAUAUGGGUGAGGAUAGGUGGCUAUGCACACUUUUAAUCGAAAAGGGAUGGAGAUUAGAAUAUUGUGCUAUAUCUAAUAAUAAGACAUACUGUCCUAUGACCUUUGAUGAGUUCUAUAAGCAGCGCCGUAGAUGGAUUGGGUCAACCAUUGCUAAUAUUGGGCUAUUGAUUAAUAAAGCUAAAAAGAUCACUAAAAAUAAUGAAUCCAUUAAUUGGACAUUCAUCAUAUAUCAGUUAAUAGCUUUUUUUUCAACGAUUAUUUCUCCUGCUACAGUUAUUCUGGUUAUAGCUUCUGGUUUAACAGCAUCAUUUGGGAUUAAUAGUACUGCUGUGAUUGUUGUAACAGGGCUAGUUGCAGUGUGUUAUGGUAUUGUGUGCAUUAUCACAAGUGUAAAGACUCAAAUCAAUAUUGCUAAAGGUCUAACAGUAAUCUUUGCUAUGGUAAUGGCUCUUGUCAUAGUUGGAAUCAUAAAAGAGAAAACGAAUGAACUAUUGUCUGCCUUUCAGAUAAAUGAAAGCGAUUCAAGUGUGGAAUAUAAUUUUUAUAGUGACAGUGGAAAAUUACUGAUUGCUGAAAGCACUAUAUAUUUAGCCUUGUUUGGUAUCAUCUUUAUAACGACAGCAAUUUUUCACUUCUUUGAAGGUUUUGCAUUAAUACAGUCUUUGUGGUAUCUUCUUGGCUUACCAGCUGGCUACCUGUUCUUGUUCAUUUUUUCUAUAGCUAACCUCAAUGACAGAUCAUGGGGAACAAGAGAAACUCAGAUUAGUCUUGAGAAAUCUUUUAAAUUAAAAAAUAUAAAAGAUUGGGUAAAAAACCUUCCUUCUAAGUUUAAAAGAAUGUUCAAAAGUAAAGAUCAUCAUUAUUCAGAAGAAAACACCAAUUUAGAACCUCAGGAUCUAAGAGAACUUGAAGAACAAAAAGAAAAAAAAAGUGAGGAACAAAGAGGGCUUGAGGAACAAAGAGGACUUGAGGAACAAAUAACCGAAAACUGUACAGAUCCAAAACACCGCGAGUGCAGUGAAAGUGAAAAAUAUCAUGAAUAUGAAUGGCUGGAGAACUGGCUUAAAGAAACUAACAGUAUGGAUUUUUUAAAAGAAUUUAUAGAGGAAGGUUACACCUAUGAAAAACUUGUUGUGAGGAUGACAAAAAAGGAUUUUGAAGACAUCGGGGUUAAACCCAUUGGAUAUGUUCAUCGUUUAUGCAAAGCUGCUCGAAAGCUUCGUUGUAAACCUAUUCGUUCUGGAUUGCCAAAAGAUGUUAAGGAAUGGAUACUUGAAUACAUAAAAAUAAUAGACUUGGAAGUUUGCUAUGUGUGCCAAUUUGAAAAAGCAGGUUACUCUUCAAAAGAAGAUAUUGAAAACCUUGCUUAUAUAACUGAAGAUGAAUUAAUGAAUACUAUAGGAGUUAGAAAGAGAGCUCAUGUGAAGAGGUUCAUGGAAGGGAUUAAACUUUUAAAAGUUAUAAAUAAAAAGGAAAAGAAGCUUGAUGAAACUCUGAAGGAACUUGAGGAAAGUAAAAAUACACAAAACACAAGUUUAGGUGAAGAAGAAGAAUUCUGGAGGAAAUUAGCAGCAACAACUCUACAACCAAUACCAGAGCACUUGAAUAAAGUUAUACAGCUUCGUAAUAGUCUAAAGCAGUUACGUAACUACACUCUGAUUGCUGUACUAAUAGUCAACCUCAUGUGGCUCAUUCUUCUCUCUAUUUUCACAUUUAAUGAGUUAAAAGAAGUUGGACUAACAGCCAGUAUUCUUAGUCUACUUUUUCUGGUUUCAUACGGAAUCUUAAUAAUUAUCCAAUUUUUUGCAAUGGUAUUCCAUCGGGUAGUCACACUCUCCCACUAUAUUGCUCGACUGAAUCAAGACAUGCCAGUUGAAAAUGAUGAAAAUGACGAAGGUGAUGAAAGUGAUGAAAGUGAUGAAAGUGAAAAUGAAGAACAUUAGACAUUAGUUAGUUAGUUAGUUAGUUAGCUAGUUAGUUAGUUAGCUAGUUAGUUAGUUAGUUAGUUAGUUAGUUAGUUCGACUGUAAUAUUUGCUGCUACAUUAUUCAUGUAAUUUAAUGCUGCAUUCUAAAUAUGUAAUUUGCUAAUAUGCUUUAUAGGAACAGAAAUAUUUAUUUCAUUGUA